AUGACGGGGAACGGCAACCGCGCCGACGCGCCUCCUGCAGUCUGCGACCCUGGAAACGUAGUGCUACUGGCCGAUGGCACAUGUGGCUCGACAUGUACACUCUUCUGUUAUCUAUUGCUCUUCCAGCUCGGCAUCAAAGCGACCGUCAUAGGCGGCAGACCGACCACCGGGCCCAUGCAAGCGAUUGCGGGCGUCGAGGGCGCCCAGAUCUUCUACAUGCCGGAGAUCUCGUCGCUCGCCAGCGCUGCCCUCAUCCUGGCCGCCAAGGAUCAACAAGCCGAGCUGCAAGCUGGGAAUGGCAAGAACGCCUUCUCGCCAUCCGACUCCAAGAUGACGCUGCAGUUCAUGAUGGAGCCGGCGAACUGUUGA